UCAGUCGUAACUAAGAAACUCUAACGUAAUGACGCUGAAUUUCGAUAGCGAAGUGCAAGUUUUUUAUAAAGGACAAAAAAGGAUUUUGAACUUUUACUCGAUAUGGCCGCAGGAGACGAGAUGUCAACGUCUAAUGCAUAGCAUACAUUUCUGGCACGUUUUCAGUUUCUGGAUAAUGCUAUUCAAUCUGAUAUUGAUGCUGCACAUUGUCAUUAAUAUUGGCAACAUGAAUGAGAUCGUUAAGGGAUUUUUUGUGCUGGCCACUUGCAUGGCCUACACACACAAGGUUUAUUCCGUCAAGGUGAACAACGUGGCUUUAUUGCAACUCUUUCAGGACCUUCAUGCCGCACACUUUCGACCCGAGGAUGCCGAGGAGGAGCUGAUCUUUGUGGCAGCCCGACAACUCAGCUAUGCUCUCUAUAAGUAUUAUGGCAUCAUUUCAGUGACGGCUUUGACCAUGCUUCUCAUCACUCAGUAUGCCAUCGAUAAUACGCAAUUGCCGUUGGCAACUUAUCAUCCAUUUAGCGCAGAACGCGGCACUUUUGGCUACAUAUUCAUGUAUUGGUAUCAAUGUGUCGCCUUAUCGUUGUCCUGCUUCGUGAACAUAAGCUUUGAUUCGCUCUGCUGCUCCAUGUUCAUAUUCAUCAAGUGCCAAUUGGAUAUAUUGGCAUUGCGACUCCAAAGAUUGGGAUACGAUUGUGACGAGAUUGUUGAGUUGCAGCUGCGAGAUCAGCUCAAGCAUUGCAUCGAGCAUUACAUGAGAGUUGUGGAGCUGUCUGCCAAUAUCGAGACACUCAUCUACAAGCCCAUAUCAUCGCAGAUAUUCUGUUCCGUUCUGGUGCUGACAGCCAACUUCUAUGCCAUGUCCUUGUUAUCCGAUGACAAGUUGGUUUUUCUCAAGUUUUUCAUCUACCAAAGCUGCAUGCUGAUUCAGGUUUUCAUACUCUGCUACUUUGCCGGUGAGAUUGUGCAGCGUAGCACUGAGCUGCCCCAUGAGCUGUACAAGAGCAAUUGGGUGCACUGGUCGCGCUCCAAUCGACGCCUAAUGCUGAUGUUUAUGCAACGCCUGGACACCGCAAUACGCAUAAGGACCUUUAAUGCGAGUCACGCCUUCGACUUGGCGCUGUUCAGUUCGGGCGCCUCAUUAGAGCUCAUUAUCCUGCGUUGUCCUUGCAUAAGUUGCGCCUAUAAAAGCAGCCAAGUUAGAGGCUUUAUCAUUGAAUAG